UCGCGGCGGCCGCAGCAGUGGCGACGGUGUGGGAGCUGCUCCUGGAGCGGCGGGUCUGGAGGGGCCCGCGCUGCGUUGCAGCGGGAGGGUGGGCGCGCGGUCAGCAGGAUGGAGCCGGGGCUGUAAGGCCGAGGCGGCGGUGGCUGGGGGAAAGGGUCGGAUGUCGGUCUUGGGGUACCGCUGAGGCGGCGGGUCCCCGACCUCGGAGACUGGUUCGGACACCCCCGCCGCGCCCAGCCCCCUCCGGUCCGCUGGCGGAGGCGCGCAUUCGGCACGAUGAAGGAUUUGGGUUCAGAGAAGCUGGCAGGUCGUGAAGGGGUCCAGCUCUUCGGAUUGUUGAACCUCUACCUAGAACAGGAACAGAGAUUCCAACCUCGAGAAAAAGGACUGAGCUUGAUCGAGGCUACUCCGGAGAAUGAUAACACUUUGUGUCCACGAUUGAGAAAUGCCAAAGUAGAAGAUUUGAGGAGUUUAACCAACUUUUUUGGAUCUUGCACUGAAACUUUUGUCCUGGCUGUCAAUAUUUUGGAUAGAUUCUUGGCUUUUAUGAAGGUGAAGCCUAAACAUUUGUCUUGCAUUGGAGUCUGUUGUUUUUUGCUGGCUGCUAGAAUAGUUGAAGAAGAAUGCAACAUUCCAUCUACUCAUGAUGUAAUCCGGAUUAGUCAGUGUAAAUGUACUUCUUCUGACAUAAAACGGAUGGAAAAAAUAAUUUCAGAAAAAUUGCACUAUGAAUUGGAAGCUACUACUGCCUUAAACUUUUUGCACUUAUACCACACUAUUGUACUUUGUCAUACUUCAGAAAGGAAAGAAAUAUUGAGCCUUGAUAAACUAGAAGCUCAGCUGAAAGCUUGCAACUGCCGACUUGUCUUUUCAAAAGCAAAACCAUCAGUAUUAGCUUUGUGCCUUCUCAAUCUGGAAGUAGAAACAUUGAAAUCCAUGGAAUUAUUGGAAAUUCUCCUGCUUGUUAAGAAACAUUCCAAGAUUAAUGACACCGAGUUCUUUUACUGGAGGGAGUUAGUUUCUAAAUGCCUAGCCGAGUAUUCUUCUCCUGAAUGUUGCAAACCUGAUCACAAAAAGUUAGUUUGGAUUGUUUCAAGGCGCACAGCCCAGAACCUCCACAACAGCUACUAUAGUGUUCCAGAAUUGCCCACAAUACCAGAGGGGGGUUGUUUUGAUGAAAGCGAAAGUGAAGACUCUUGUGAAGAUAUGAGUUGUGGAGAAGAGGGUCUCAGCAUUUCUCCAUCCAGUGAUCAAGAGAGCACCUUCUUUUUCAACUUCAAAGUGGCAAAGACCCUGUGCUUUCCAUCUUAGAAAUAGAAUUGUUCUGUGUCAGAAUUCAGUGUGUGCACAGGUUUCAAAGCAAUAAAUGGGGGAGUAGGUAGUUUUCUGGUCCAGCCCCCGUAUAGGCAGGAAUUGCAUAGACUGGAAUUACCUACCUUCUAUUUAUUCAGAUCAGAACUGGCCUAUUUUUCAUUUUUCAUCUUAAGCCAUCAAAUGAGUUAGUGCUUCUUAAACAAUUGAAAAUACUUUAGACAUUGGCACUUUAUUUUCCUUCUGGAUCUUUAGCUACUUGGGAGAGGAGGGAAGCGGCUGUUACCUUCAAUUUAUUACUGUCUAAGAUUUUUAAAGAGGAAUAGUGUAGCAUAUCCUAAACUUUUUAUAAAGCCUUCGGGUGUCUUUAUUUAAACAGAUUGGGAGUGUGAAGUGCUUUUUAACAGGGAUAAGAUAAUGGCUUAUCUUAGAUCUUUCUCCUCCAGUCUCAGAACAGAGAAUAUACUCUUAAAUGUCAAACACCAUCUUAGUUUUGUUUUUUUAAGUGAUUGAUGUACUAUCUGAUGCAGAUCCUAUACACUUAGGAAUUAUAGUAUCAGCGUAUCUGUGGAUUUUAGUAACUAAUGUCUAAAUUGAGGUUUCUGCUAAAGCAGAAAUAAUAGACAGGUUAGGGCUGUUGCAUUCCUAAUGCCUAAGUAUUGUCAGUUCAUAGUAUUCUUUUAAUGUGUUAUUAAAACAAUCCAUGAUCUGCUAGUUUUGCAUGCACCUGUAUGAAAGCGGUACAGGAAGUUAAACAGAACUAGGUAACUAUGGAAUUGAUAAAUGUCGAUUAGUAGUACAUUUUACAUAUUAAAAUGUUUCUUAUAUUAAAAGAAACAUCUGCAUGAUUGUGUUUUAAUUCCUUUGUAGUAUCAUUUCAAAAAUAAUGGUAUUAGUAUAUGGGUGCCAAGAUUGAAUAUGAAGUAUAAAAGUGUUUAUAGUAUAGUAUUAAUAGUUUUAAGCAUAUCUUUGUGGUGGGAUAGCCAUAAGAAUGGGAUUAUAUAAACUCUGUACACAAGAUUUUGCACAGAGAAUUUGUUUUUUUAACUUUAUAAAAUGUAUAUGAAAAUGUAAAUCUUAAGAUGUACAUAAAAUUCUGUAUUUUUUUACCUUGUGUGUGAUAGUCUAGUCAUUGCAUGUAAGUAUAAUUUAUUGUGUAUUUUGUAUUAUACAUCAAUGACUGACUUUUUUUACUGGUAGGUCAGCAUCCACUGGACACUUUUUCUGAAGUGGAUCAUUUUGAAGUGAUAAUGGAUUACAACUCAGAAUAAACAUAUUAAUGAAUUAUACAA